ACCCUCUUAGUUUUGCUCCCCUAUAUCGUGUUCUUUUCCCUCUCCGACCACCUAAAACAAGAAACAGAAAAUGGUACAUUGUCUGCCAAAGGUUUCUGUCAUUCAAGACAAGCCGAUGCUUCCAUCAACUGCUGCUGUCGCAAAGGAUGAGCAUCGGCCUUUAGCUUUCGAUGCAUCGAUCCUUGGAUCUGAAUCCAACAUACCCUCUCAGUUCAUAUGGCCUGACGACGAGAAGCCAUGCCUGGAUGCCCCGGAACUUGUAAUUCCAACCAUUGACUUGGGAGCUUUCUUGCUUGGGGACUCUCUUGCUGUAUCAAAAGCGGCAGAGGUGGUGAAUGAGGCAUGCAAGAAGCAUGGGUUUUUUCUGGUUGUAAACCAUGGGGUGGAUUCAGGGCUUAUAGACAAAGCCCAUCAGUACAUGGACCGCUUCUUCAGCCUACAACUCUCUGAGAAGCACAAGGCUAAGAGAAAAGUAGGAGAAAGCUAUGGGUAUGCAAGCAGUUUCGUUGGCAGGUUUUCCUCCAAGUUGCCAUGGAAAGAAACACUGUCUUUUCGGUACUGUCCUCACACUCAAAAUAUCGUGCAACACUAUAUGGUGAAUUGGAUGGGUGAAGAUUUUAGAGAUUUCGGGAGGCUUUACCAGGAAUAUUGUGAAGCCAUGAACAAGGUUUCCCAAGAGAUAAUGGGGCUGCUAGGGAUAAGUCUAGGACUUGACCAAGCCUACUUCAAAGACUUUUUCGAACAAAAUGAUUCAAUCCUGAGACUGAAUCACUAUCCCCCAUGCCAAAAGCCUGAGUUGACUCUGGGAACCGGUCCCCACACCGAUCCCACUUCCUUGACAAUCCUUCAUCAGGAUCAAGUUGGAGGCCUUCAGGUGUUUGCAGAUGAAAAGUGGCACUCCGUUGCUCCCAUCCCAGGAGCUUUCGUUGUCAACGUUGGCGACACAUUCAUGGCUUUGACAAACGGUUUUUACAAGAGCUGCUUGCACAGAGCAGUGGUGAAUAUUGAAACGGUGAGAAAAUCACUUGCAUUCUUUCUAUGUCCCAAGCUGGAGAGACCGGUGACACCAGCAGCUGGCUUAGUUACUGCCGACAAUCCGAGGAAAUACCCAGACUUCACUUGGGCAGCACUGCUGAAAUUCACACAGAACCAUUACCGUGCUGACAUGAAAACCCUUGUUGCAUUCUCCAAAUGGGUUCAAGAACAAGAAUCGAACAACAAAUUAAUACCUUAGGGACAAUGCUGGGCUUUGUGGGGGUGGGGAACAAAUAAGCAAUGGCUUUGGGUUAAUAAAGUCAAAUUAGAGGGAGACAAAUAAGGGAAGCAUUUAUCUGCUCGUUCAUGGUGGGUCUAAGGAAUAGAGCUACAGAAAUUAUAAUACUAUUGACAAUAUAUAGUAGCUAAAUUAGUGCUUCAGAGAAUCAUAUUAUAAUUCGAGUCUCUUGUUUUAACUUUCUUUUACAAUUUAGCAUUA